AUGCCGUACAUGCGGCUUGUUUCUCAGACAGAAUCCUUUCGCCUGCCGAUCCCCGAGGACGCUUUAGCCACCACCCUCACCUGUCAAUGUAUCGGAAGAGCACUGGAGGUUAUCGUUGUUCAUUUUUGUGUCCUUGAAAGGUUGAAACUUCAUUUUUGCAAAUGUCGACCGGCUGCAGUCCAGCUGCUUCAACGUGGGUUAUUUCCCUCGGCACCAUUUGCCCCUUCCCUGGCUGUGGAUAUUCGAGUUUUAGAAUUUGUAUCGCGACUUUUUCUCCAUAUUUCCCCCAAUGCCACUGCAUGGUGCAACACGGUUGAAGAAUUUCUUCAAAGCCAAGGUUAUAAACUUACUACCAAGGACUCCCUUCGGCGCCGAUUUAGUGAAGCCCUGAAAUGGUACAACGGACUUCAAGAUGCUACUAACAAACAUGUCGACAAUGUACUUUAUCAUGUCCGGACGAUCGUUACAGGUUAUGACGAUGGGACUUGCACAAAAACACUUGAUUCUCUCGACGACGAAUCGACUUCUCGCGCCACACAAUCAACUGCAACUCCUGAUAACGAGUCGACUCCUCGGACCACACAUCCGCCUGGUGCCGAUGCCAUUGAUGACGAUCCAGUACCAGAGCCUCUUCCGCCUAGUACCCGACCACCCCCUGUCACUAUGGUUGAAAUUGAGGAUGAAGAUGCGUUUAUGAAUGCUGGACUCCCUCGGCCCUCAACGCCUCUUAACAGCUCAACAGCUUCUCCUUUCACCCCGAUUUCCCGGAAGCGACGUCAUUCGGAAGACGCUGAUGGCUUGAGAGCUCCGUUUCCAAUGCCAAUGCCAUGCGACCGCCCCAGUGAUUAUCUUCGUUCACGAUGCCCUCUAUGCUUUGGGGGAGACCCAAAUCAGAGGCUUGGAGGUGAUGUCCCCGAUAUUGUCGUGUGUGUCGAUGCAUGUUUCAAGCAAAAAGAAAAUGAUCGGCAGUCUGACCCACCUCGUGAGCACCCUCGAAGCGUCUUCAUAUCAGAUGCCACUGCAUCAAAGAUGGAAAAAUAUGUUGAGGGCAUUCGUCCGAACAAGGCUAAGAAGGGUGCGAAGGGCCAAAAGCCUGUUGAUACAAGUAGGAACCACCCUGACUCAGACGAAGAAGAUGGCUACAAUGGUGCACUGAAGGUUCCACGAUCCGUCUUAGCCGGCUGCGAGAAGAGCUUUACAGCUGCCAAUGAAACACGUGAAAAGGCCAGCACACAGUUUUUCGCCGUCACCGCACUGAUGGCUCUUCUCUGCCGCCAUGACCGUGUGAUAUGGAUCGUCAACAUGCGAUCUGCAGGCGAGAAGCAGCAUUACGCUCUGGCGCUCGUUGAGACGCUGUUUCAACACCUGCCCCUCCAUUAUACGGUCGGGUUACUUUAUGAUGUUGGCUGUCAACUACAUAAAAGUUGCAUCAACUGGGGUUUCCUUAGUGCAUACCUCCACUGCUUGAUGUUUGCUAUUUCCGUGUUUCAUGCGUUCGGACAUCAGUGGCCUUGUCAGAUCAUAUACCAUCCUCGAAAGUGCAACGGAUUUGGACUCUCCGACGGCGAAGGCUGCGAGCGGUUCUGGAAUUCUAUCAAGAAAUUAAUUGCUUAUCUACGCGUGUGUGGGUCACAUCAACGUGUUUACACUCUUGAUCGACAGGUUCAACAAGCAGAUAAGGAGAGCCUUGGUCACCUGGCUCUCUGGCUGCUUCGCCGAUCUCGUCAUUGUCAAGAGAAGCGAUAUCUUGCUGAAGUGGCGCUCACAGAAUGUGGCUUUCCAGACAAUGUUCUUCGGGAUGAAUGGUCUGCGCAGGUACAGGCUCAAACAAAACCCCUUCCACGACGGACAAGGAACCAGGGCAAAGACACAGUCUCCAAAGCCAUCCGACUUCGAAAAGCACGUGAUAUUCUGAGGACACGCGUCCGAGAGCAAGAAAACAUCAUAUUGGAUCCUUCAGUUUCAGACUAUCAUGUUUGUGAUGCAGAACUGCGCCUAGCCGAAGCUAAGAAGGCAUUGAGCUCUGCAGAGUCUCGGGUGCACGCUUCUGAGUCCGCUCUUGGUGUUCAAGAAAGAACCAAGCUUGAGAAGCUCCUAGGAAGCCCUUUUAUUGCAGCGAGGAUGAAUGCUCGGGCCCUUAAGCUACGCUUACGCGAAAAGCUGCGCUCCCGAAAGUUUGAGCUUGACCGCAUUGAAAGAUCAUAUCGCAACCACGUCAACGAGCGCAAAGUUCACCAUCAUCUCGAAGAUUCUGUGAAGCGUCGUGAUCCUAGCAUUCAAAAACUCGCUCGUGACUACAACAACUUGUGCGAUGUAAUGCUACGGUUAAAAGCUCAGCGCAAGGCACCUCCGGGCUCAGUUUGCCCAUCUAAGAUUGUCAUGAAGGGUUUGUUUGCUCUGGAUGUUGACGACGAAAUUUGGCAGGAUGCUGGAUUGGAAGAUUCACUUGACGGCACCACGGCAGAUCCACCACUGUGGCUUUGCGAUGAUCUUGUGAGGUCCGGAAUUCGUGUGCGAUUAGAGCUUGAUAGAUGCAUGGAAGAGGAAGACCGCAUUAAACAUGAACGUAAGGUGCUUCAAAGUUGGUAUUCAGAGGAGUGGAAUAUCACCAGUUCUGCAUAUGAUAACACUGAUUCACCGGAGUUGCGCUAUCAACUCCAAUUAUGA